CGUGCAAAUAUUUUUUGCAUGCAGGCUAUUGAUAAAUUCGUGGGCACCAUCCAGUUCAUUUACAAAUAAUAAUAACAAUCAAACAAUCCCUGAUUUAUCUGCUAAAAUACGCACAAGCGUGCGAAAGUGUUGGCCUUGCAUACGCGAUUCUUAGGUGGUGCAGAAGGAGAGAGAGACGGGCCAUCCACGAAAAAUUUAUUCGGUCGUGUUGCGUGCAAAGUGAUGAGAAAUUGUUGAAAACGAAUGCCAAUAAAACAAAAAGUGCAUUGCAAGAAAAUAUAAAACGUAAUUAAACAUAUAAUCGACAUAAUCAACAAAAGCGCUGUGGAAAGCGUAUAUAUCUGACUACUCUGGAUAAGCCUAUGAAUUAAACGUGUAGGUGCGAUAAUGUCAGCAUAUAAUACGAAUUAUGCGCCACCUGCGCCGAAUGGUAACCAAAAUAACUUGGUUAAUGGUCUCCCUGGAGCACCUCCACCUGCCAUACAGUUGGAUCAGCAACAGCAAGCUUAUCAUCAGCAGCAACAACAACAUCAGCACUACCUUCAGCAGCAACAAUUGCUGCAACAGAAACAGCAAUUUCAGCAACAACAGCCAGGAAGUCCUGAAAAUGCGUUCGCAGGGGCUCCGCUACAUCCUCCGCCGCAAUUCAACAGCAACAUUGUGAAUAAAUUUCUGCCACCAACAUCAAGCACAGCGGCUCAGUUACCACCGCAUAGUUUAGCGGCCACACCGCCUGCAUUAAUCAAUGGACCGCACUUUCGAACUGCCCAGGGUGUGCAGAGCCCACUCAGCACUUUGCCCCCACACUUGCGACAGCCUCCCACACUCAAUGGGCCCGGGCAGCAGAUCGUUACAAAUGGAAGCAAUGGUGUACCAAGCAGCAACUCCUCGCGUACUGCAUCGCCUGGCUUGCUAACUAGCUGCGCAACGCCACCUGCACCACCCCCGAAACCAAUCUACACUGGUGUAACACUUACACAGCAACAACAGCCGCUGCAGUCACCACCGCAGCAACAAGCGGUUGAUUCUCAUAGUUAUGUGCCCACUUUGACUAGCAAUCUACAAAAUUUGAAUCUUGGUGGUAUUAAUGGCAUGCCUGCGACACCUCCACCAGCAUCAUCAGCAGCACCACCACCAACAACAACUUCUACAGUACCACCAAAAGCAGCUCAGUCCAACAUACAAAGGGGACCUGUAAAUAUUUCUGACUACCGAGGUGUGUCCGUUGUUCCUGCCCAACUCGACACCAGCGGCGCCCAAACCCUUCUAGCCGCCAGUGGGCUGCAGGGUCAUAACCCAGUGCCUAACAUGUUUGCCGCAUCCACGCCAGUCAACAAAAAUCCAGCAAAUAUUUUCGGCGGCGUAGCGGGUCUUCCUAAGAUAAAAAGUCCAACUGUGGGUGGCAGAACACCGUACGGCGCUCCGCAACAGCAAGCUAUGGGAAUAGGUCAGCCACCAAAUAAUAGCUCACUGCAAGAGCCAAUAAAACAGCCACAGGCAACUAGUGCAGGUGUGGUACAACCUCCUCUGCCAGGCCAGGGUCAGUGGUUGCCGCCAGGAGUUUCAAAGCCUGUACUGCCACCUAAUGCCUUGGCCCAGCCACUGCUGCCACCCACAUCGAAGCACAUGGCACCACCAAUGUCGAUGCCACCGAAUCAAUUACAGUCGCAUCAACCACAACCUCAGUUGCCUCCACACACAACACAACAGCAACAACAGCAAACAAUGCAGCAGCCUCAACAACAAAUCUAUUCAAAACCAUUUCCGCUGGCACAACCCCCAUAUCAAUCACCUCCGACACAGUCAAUGCAGCCACCGCCACCACCACAAAGUGGUGCAUUUGGUACGCAGCCCAACACUGUGCCCUUGCAAUAUCAGUCACAACAACCACAGGCUUAUGGUGCGGCAGCACCCUCUCAGUUUGGUGCGCCCCUAAGUGUCACCCAGCAGGGCUUCAGUCGCCUCUGGGGACAGGACACCAUUGAUUUGAUGCAAAACAGGCACAUUUUAUCACCAGCAACAUUGCCGCCACCAAAAGUGGUGCUCCACAAUCAGUUCCAUGAAUCCAUCAACUGCAGUCCGAGCAUAAUACGCUGCACCCUAGCCAAAAUUCCUGAGAGUAAUGCGCUGCUGCAAAAGUCUCGAUUGCCUCUUGGCAUUGUGAUUCAUCCUUUUCGUGAUGUAAAUAGUCUGCCUGUUAUACAGUGCAUCAAUAUCGUUCGGUGCCGACUUUGCCGUACAUACAUCAAUCCGUUUGUGUAUUUUGUGGAUAGCAAAAUGUGGAAAUGCAAUUUAUGUUAUCGUGUCAACGAGCUGCCCGAGGACUUUCAAUUUGAUCCAGCCACAAAAACUUAUGGGGAUGUUACCCGAAGGCCGGAAGUGCGCUCAAGCACAAUCGAGUUUAUAGCGCCCUCCGAAUAUAUGCUUCGUCCACCACAGCCGGCCAUGUAUCUGUUUCUAUUCGAUGUGUCAAUUAUAGCGCAACAGAGCGGCUAUUUGGAAGCUGCCUGCUCUGUACUAAACAGACAUCUAGAUGAUAUGCCCGGCGAUGCGCGUACCCAAGUUGGUUUCAUUUGCUACGACAGCUAUGUGCAUUUCUAUAGUAUGGGUGAGGGCUUUAAUCAGCCGCAUGAGAUGACGCUCCUAGACAUUGAGGAUGCCUUCCUGCCGCGUCCAGACAGUUUAUUGGUGAAUCUUAAAGAAUGCAAGGAAUUAGUCAAGGAUUUGCUAAAACAACUUCCGAAACGUUUUGCGAACACUCAUGAUCCUGGAUCGGCCUUAGGCGCAGCACUGCAAGUGGCAUUUAAAUUGAUGCAAGCAUCGGGUGGACGCAUUACAGUCUUUCAAUCGUGCCUCCCUAACAAAGGACCCGGUGCAUUGGAACCACGAGAGGAUCCCAAUAAUCGUUCGGCCAAAGACGUGGCACAUUUAAAUCCGGCAACAGAUUUCUAUAAGCGUUAUGCUCUAGAGUGUUCAGGCUUUCAGAUUGCUGUGGACUUGUUUCUGAUGAAUCAGCAAUAUAGCGAUAUGGCCACCAUAUCUGGCAUCAGUAAACACAGUGGCGGUUGCAUUCACCACUUCCCCUUGUACCAAAAAACAAAGCAGCAUCAUGUAGAUUCGUUCAGACAGUCCUUUAAGCGUUAUCUGACACGCAAGAUCGGAUUUGAGGCAGUCAUGCGUAUACGCUGCACACGCGGACUCCAAGUGCACACAUUCCAUGGCAACUUCUUUGUGCGAUCGACGGACCUAUUGUCACUGCCCAAUGUCAACCCAGAUGCGGGCUAUGGCAUGCAGAUUUCGUACGAAGAGAGCUUGACCGAUGUGAAGACCAUUUGCUUCCAGGCCGCUUUGCUCUACACGAACAGCGAGGGCGAACGUCGCAUUCGCGUCCACACUGUCUGUCUGCCUGUCACCGCCUCGCUGCCGGAGGUAAUGCAUGCCGCCGACACGGAGGCCAUUGUGGGCCUGCUUUCGAAAAUGGCCGUUGACCGUUCGAUAGCAUCCAAUUUGUCGGACGCACGCGAUGCCUUCAUAAAUGCAACCAUCGAUAUAUUUAACGCAUUUAAGAUUGCACAAAAUCUGCCUUCUGGUCAGUCAGGUCAACUGAUAGCACCACGAAGCUUGGCACUGCUGCCACUUUAUAUUCUAGCGCUACUCAAGCACCCUGCGUUCCGCGUGGGCACCAGCACGCGUCUUGAUGAUCGCGUUUAUGCCAUGGAUUGCAUGAAGACUUUGCCGCUCGAUCAGCUUAUGAAGUUUAUAUAUCCUGAACUUUACAAAGUCGAUGGAUUGCUCUACCAUGCACGCAACUCAAAUGUGAGUACGACGCAGGAUGAUGACGACGAUGAGGAUAAUCCGUUGCCAGAGGUACCGCGAUUGCAACUAUCGGCAGAACACCUCGACUCGCGCUCUAUAUUCUUGAUGGACUGUGGCACACUUAUAAUGCUAUAUGUUGGCUUAAAUGUACCCACAGAAAUCUUGGAUAAUGUCUUAGGUGUAAGUUCAACAGCUGAACUUGCCGAUUAUGUGUAUGGGUUACCAAAUGUUGUGAGCCCAGAAAACGAUAUACUAAAACGUUUCAUCUUGCGCCUGAAUUAUGAUAAACCAUAUGCGCCACUUGUCCAAAUAAUUAGAGAUACGAGCACGGCUAAGGCGCAGUUCAUUGAGAGGUUAACGGACGAUCGCAGUGAAUCUAGUUUGUCAUAUUAUGAAUUUUUGCAACACAUCCGGGCUCAGGUCAAAUAGUAUAGUACAAGCUGAAGCUGUAAGCUGGGUUUUGAAAAACAGGAAAUUUGGUGACUACAAACAACUGCAUGCAAAGAUUGAUAAUUGGAGAGGCAGCAACAAUAUAAAACUAAGUAAAUAAUAAUGUUUAGGACUAAAUGUGUGUAGGGAGGGCAAGAGAAAAGUUACAUUUAAGAGAUUGCUGCAACAAAAAAAAAAAAAAAAAAAAUUAAAAGAAAAAACGCCUUGAGCUUGAUCAGGAUGCGUAUUUUUUUUUAAUUGUAAUGUAAAAGUGCAUGUAUUUAUUUAUUUGUUGAUUAAUUGCACUAAAAAUAAAUUUAAAUAAGCCACAAGGAUCACAAGUUGUCACAAUCCAAGCUUGAUCGCCAGCUAUCCAAAAGGAUAUAGUCAUCGGCCCUUAGCUUGCGAAAUUCAGUCAGUGGACUUGUUGGUUUCUAAUUUGCAAAUGCAAUGUUAUUUAUUAGAGUUAUUAGAGUAUGAAAUACACAACCACUGUAAAUGUUUAUAGACACUUCUGUUUUAAAGGAAUAAACAUUAUUUUAUGCAA